GAGCAGACGCGUGCAGCCAGCCCUUCGGCUCGCAGCAGAGGAAGAAAGCGGGAGGACGUCACAUGGAGAGAGAGAGCUGCAGCUUCACCGCUAACCACACAACAGUACCACCAGCUAGCUGCAGCUAACACAGCCCUUCUGAUGUAGCACCACGUCCGGAAGAAACACACAACGCAAGAGUCACACACGGUGCACAACGUGGGGGAACAACAUAUCUCGGUCACACACACACACACCGUUAAAACCGUGGGCCUUCUUCUUCUUGCAUCCAGCUGACAGGCUAUUUGGGUUUUAGCUUAGCGAAGCCACCGAUAGCAACCUCCGCCUGGGCUAGCGUCAGGCUAGCCAAGCCAGCUAGCUCGCUAGCUACUAACGUCGCUAACGGUGGUUAGCUAGCUAGCGAGCUGCAGUCACUCGCGUCAUGGAUGAACUAGUCGUGGAAGUGAGGGGAACAAGUGGGGCCUUUUAUAAGGCCUUUAUUAAGGAUGUUCACGAAGGAUCGGUCACUGUGGCAUUUGAAAACAAUUGGCAGCCAGAGCGCCAGAUCCCCUUCCAGGAUGUGCGUUUUCCUCCUCCAACAGGGUUCUGCAAGGAGAUAAAUGAGAGCGAUGAGGUCGAGGUAUAUUCCAGGGCUAAUGACAAGGAGCCAUGUGGAUGGUGGCUGGCCAAGGUUCGCAUGGUCAAAGGAGAGUUUUACGUAAUAGAGUACGCUGCAUGUGACGCUACAUUAAAUGAGAUAGUGACGCUGGAGCGGUUACGGCCGGUCAAUCCGAAUAAACCAGCCACCAAAACCACCUUCAUCAAGAUCAGACUGGAUGUACCCGAGGAUCUACGGCAGAUGUGCUCCAAGGAAUCAGCACACAAAGACUUUAAAAAGGCCGUGGGAGCGUUCAGCGUCACCUACGACUCAGAGAAAAAGCAGCUGUUCAUUUUGUCGGUGAAUGAGGUCACAACAAAGCGGGCCAAUAUGAUGAGCGACAUGCACUUCAGGAGCCUCCGCACCAAACUGUCUCUCAUGCAGAGGAACGAAGAGGCCAGCAGACAACUGGAGAGUUCCAGGCAGCUCGCGUCACGCUUUCAUGAACAGUUUGUGGUUCGGGAUGAUCUAAUGGGGCUGGCUAUUGGGACUCACGGAGCCAACAUUCAGCAAGCACGAAAAGUCCCUGGAGUCACUAACAUAGACCUGGAUGAGGAGACGUGCACCUUUCACAUAUACGGAGAGGACCAGGAUGCUGUACGCAUUGCCAGGAGUUUCCUGGAGUUCUCUGAAGAUGUCAUCAAAGUUCCCCGGAACUUAGUAGGGAAGGUGAUUGGCAAAAACGGAAAGCUGAUCCAGGAAGUGGUUGAUAAGUCUGGGGUGGUGCGGGUUCGUAUUGAGCCUGAGAAUGACAAGAAGCCCUCAGCAGCAGCGGCAGCAGCAGCAGACGAGGGAAUGGUGCCAUUUGUAUUUGUGGGGACCAAGGAAAGCAUCUCCAAUGCAACAGUACUGCUGGACUAUCACCUCAACUACCUUAAGGAGGUGGAUCAGCUCCGCCUGGAGCGCCUUCAGAUUGACGAGCAGCUGAGACAGAUAGGAGGGGGAGGCGGAGGAGGAGGGACGGGGCCUCGAAACCUUAAAGACAAAACCUAUGUGUUCGAUAACGGCAUGGGGCUCGGGAUGGGGAGAGGAGCAGGAGGCGGAGGAGGAGGCAAGCCCUACAUAGGAGGGGGAGGAAGAGGUGGCAGAGGGCGAAGAGGAGGUGCAACUUUCGCCUCAGGCACCAACUCGGAGGCAUCCAACGCUUCAGAGACGGAGUCGGACCACAAAGACGAGCUCAGCGAUUGGUCGCUGGCCCCCACCGAAGAGCUGAUGACAGGCGGCGGGACCCUGCCCAGACGGACAGAUGGGAGGAAGAGAGCAGGCGGAGGAGGACCCCGGGGACGAGGAGGGAGAGGAAGAGGAGGGGGAGGGUAUAAAGGUGACGACAUGCAGUGGAGCGAGCCAAGACCUCGUCAUAUCAGAGACCCCAAGACGAGAGCGCCGGAAGACACUCUACAGAUCCGUGUGGACGGCAACGAGCGUAGCGUGCAGCACUCCUCAGGGGGGCGAGGAGGUGGAGGAGGAGGUGGAGGAGGAGGAGGAGGAGCAGGAGCAUCUUCCUCAUCCCAGGGUGGCGUCAAUGCCGGAGGUGAGGGCCCGACUCGCCAUCACCAUCAGAGACCCAUCAGAGACCGAGGGAUGAAGAAGGACAAACAGGACACUCCUCCGCUGGUGAACGGAGUGUCGUAGAUCGACCACUGGAGGACCUUCUCACAUGAAACAGACACACACACACACACACACACACACAUACACACACACACACACUCAGAAAUACACACACACAGGCAACUUAUCAUAAACCAUCGUAAAGUCUCUCUCGCUUUUUCUUUCUCUGUCUUUGUCAAACACAUGAAUACACAUAUUUCAUCAGCAUGGAAGAGUUUACCGUAGUGAAGUCAUAGACCAGAGGUGAUCUGGUAUCUGCUGGUCUGCUCUGUUGAGGUCUUUGAGUGUACUGGUCUCGUUUGUUCUCGGUCUGGUAUCUCCUGUUCUUCUCUGAAGUGAUGCAUAAAAGAAACAGCACUUUUUGGACAAAAGGAAAAGAAGAAGAGGAAUUUGACUAAAGCUCAUAUCUCACAGAGGCAUUAACCACAAACACGCUCGUCAACCCAUCAAAGGCAAAUCAUUUUUUACUUGUUUUUUUUUUUAUUCAACUCAGUUGGAUGAUUUUUUUCCACUGCCCUUUUUGGACUUGCUCACAUCAGAAAAAAGAAAUGAAACAAACAAGUUAAGGAAAUAAUUGUCUGACAAGGAACAAGGUAUUACAGCCACUUCAGACGGCAGGAUGAAAUGUUCCUUCCCUCCUCCUGCUGCACACUUUUUACUUCAGAUGUUUAUUGUAGAGAUGGUCUGACAGCACUCGGUUUAGGGGGUGGCUUCAGUGUUUCCCACAGGUUGAGAAUUUAUUUCUGGUGGUCUAAAGAUCCAAAAUCCAACACUUGGGAGUCAGCUACAGAACAGAAUUGCAUUUAUAUGAGAAGUAGAAAAGUCAUUGAGCAUCUUUCAAUCUUUCAGGUGCAUUCCCAGAGAGAUUUUAAAACUGAAUUGAUGAAUUCCAAAAGGUCAAAUAUUUUUCAAAAGUGGCAGAUGUGUUUUGGGUGUCACCCAAAUAAGUUCUUUGUAUGGGAAACAUGCAGAGCUUUCAGACUGGGAGUGGAUGUUUGUAAAAGACAUUUUGGUUUGGGUUUUUCUUUUCUUUUUUCUUUAUGAUAGUUAUUUGAACCCUGAUCACCAUGUUGACACUGGAGAAAAUCAAACCUGCCUUUGGGGUCUGGGGGAGUUCAAAGUGUCCAUGUUUCAGGAUGAAAUGCCAACAGGUUUGCAUGGGCAAUGAAAUUGCCAACAAAUACUUAUCUCAUCAUUGAAGUCAUCUGUGUUUUGUUUCCUGUUGCCAAGAUAAUGUAAAAUUCCUUUAGUCCUUUCGACUGUCAGACCAAUCUUAAAUCCAACAACACAUUACACGUACCAGCGGGGAGACAUAAAUCUGAGGCACUCUGUUUCAAAUAUACUUUUAAAAUGCCUUUACAGAAGCAAAGAUACCAACUCAUAAGAGUCUUUAACAGGGUACAAAAUGUCACGCUAUUUAAAAUGAAUUACCUGUCAAACGACUUAAGCUACUGAAACCUUCAGUCUGUUCAAUCCACACCGACUCCGACCUCCGCUCAGCCGACUCUGUGCUCAGAACCAGCUGUGCGUCAACAGCAGCUCCUCAGGCGCUGCGAGGACAGCAACUGAUGUUUUUAUUCAUCGAUUCAUUGAUUUUAUUUCCCCUACAAGCUCCUUAAUGUCCACAGUGGAAGUAGGAGCCUUGAUGAAUCAUUACUAAUACCAUUAAUUAGUUCAGAACGUACAAACAGGAGAUUUGUGUCAACAGCCUUCUGUGAAGAUUACACUUCACUAAGAGCACCAGAGGUUAAAAAAAAAAGUGGGGGUUCUCAGGGGGGCGUGUCAGAGUUGGUGUGGAUUGAUUGUUCUGAUAAAAUGGAAACGUGUCUGAUCUGCGAUACGCUUCUAAAAACGCUCUCAAUGUGGACACUAAAGGAAUCGUACACAAAACUGCACACUCAAAGCAGCUACUGUAAAUCUUGAUACUUCAUGAAAAUGAAGCAGUGACAAAUGAUUAUACAUUCAGCAUACUAUGGCCAGAAACACAGGUGAAACCUGUACAGUCAUUAUAAAAUAAACAGUGACUCAUGACUAACGCCUUUACUCCAGUCAUGAAUAAAAGCUUUGCAGGAAAAAAAAAAAAAAAAUCCUUUUUCAUACAGGGAGGUUCCAUAUUCUCAUUCAUCUCAUUGGUAGAAACCUGUCAACAGGAAUCCACGUCCUGUACCAGACUGACUCUGGGAGCCUUUUCAACCUUCCACAGUGAGAUAUUUCACACAGAGGGCUUAGGCUGUAAGCUAGACUUACUUUGGUUAGUUCCACUUUAACUUCCAUUUAACAGCGCACUCCUGGAUGGACACCAUUUCAAUUAGGUUGCAGGAUUAGGGCGGCAACAUCAUGAAUGUGUGUCACCUGAUCGCAUCGGCUUUUCUUUAAUUUAUGAAAACCUUUGUAUUUAACCUUUUUGUUUUGCAGCUAGAAAAACCUGUUUGAAGUAUUACUGUAGAAGAAACAAGAUUUCAUUGAGUUAUAUCUUGACAAAAUAAAAAUUUGGUGUAAGUUUUAUUCUGCCUGGUUUUCCAACUUAUUCUGGGCCCGGCUCUCUGACUUAAACCUUUUGUGUAUUAAUCUUAUUUUGUAAAUUUCUCUUAGCUGCAGUUUGAACACGACAGGGCAGGUGAGGCCUUAAUGCCAACAGAUUUACUUUCAGUUACAACAGAUCUUCAUGAAACCACACUGUGAAGGGUGCAAUGCACUUUUUGGUUGCAUGAUUUGAAUUGUGCGUUCCUCUACGUCUUGCUUUUAAAUUGCAAGACUGUGCAACUGUGUCACCUGAGUUUACAUCACAGUAAAGUUUAGUGAAACUGCUUUAAGCCAGAGUAUAAGGUCUGGUUUAAUGAAGAGUUUCAUCUUCAAGUCCAGUUUUCUAAGCCUCCUUUGUGAAAUCUCUUUUGGAUUAAGAACACAGUGUUCACCGCAGUCAUAGAGCUGCGGUCUGUCAGUUUUCUGCCACCCCUCUUGGUCAUAAUGAGGGUUUUUAAAAAAAUCUUUGUGCCUUGGAUUUAUGCUCCUCCAUUUCUGUGAAUUUGGCCCAUUCUAAAACAGCACCUGAUUGCUCUGAGUAGUUCAAAAUCUUUUUAUACUGUCUGUUUGAACCUAUCCAUUCUUUUCAUACCUGGGUGUUUCUUGUAUGGAUGAUUCUGUGACGCAAUAUGCAUUUGUUUGAAUUCUUUUGUGGAGGCACCAUAGUGAAAAACGACUUCUAUAGUUUCUGGUAAUUCAUUUAGUCCCUAAACAGGGACAGCUAGAGACUUAAAUAAAAAAAGAGGACUAGACAGUUAUGUCAUCAAAGUAACUUUGUCUAACAAAUUCAGGUUUCCAGACAUCAAAGAAACAUCAGACAAGCCAAACGUGUCGACUUCAAGCUCUCAUCUCGAGGUGUUCAGUUGGACAUCUCAGAGAGUUACUGACUUCAUAAAUCGUCUGCAUGGAAAUAUCCUUUGUGGCAUCCUCAACAAAAUAAAGUACAAUGUAGGUGGCAUGAAGGCCUUUAAAGAUCGUGUACAUUCUCGGUUGUCCCAAAUUGUAUUCUAAAUUCAAAGUGACUGCAGUAACAUAGAUGGGCUAGUGUAGAAAAGUAUUUGUGUGAAGAUUUAUGAUUGAGGGGAGAUUGAUUAUAGCAUUAGUUUGAAUUUAAAAAAAAACUCUUGAAAUGUGAGAGUCACUGUAAAACAAAAAAAAGCAAAGCAAAAAAAGUUUAUUGAGGUUUCUCUGUGCAUUUGUAGGCUCAACAUUUAAUGAAAACACUAGUACAUCAAAAUGCUGUGUCCCUCACUGUAACAGAUAUAGUAUCUAGUUCAGUAUUUGUGCUCAAUGAUUAGCUGGUAUCUUCAGCUUUAGCAUUGCCAUCUGCAGACGUUCUCAGAUUGAGUAGUUAAUGGGUUAAAUUAGCCCUUAAAUUUCGCUUCCCUUUUUGUGGUGCUCUGAAAGGUUGAUUUUUACAUUUUUGGAAAUCUACAUCGCGUUCUCGCUAAAAGUUAGAGGAGAGGAUUGGUUGACGGUAAACUGGAAGCUAGAGCAAGAAGGUUGUUGGCUUAGCUCAGCUAAAGACUGGAAACUAUGGGACACUGCUGGCCUGGCUCGGUCUAAAUUCUGCCUACCAGCGACUCUAAAAUCGUCUUUGUUUAAUCUGUACAAAAAACGUUUUAUAGCGUGCUGGAAUUACGUUCUUCUUGACUUCUUGGCUAACUGUUUUGCCCUGCUUGCCAGUUUUUAUGCUAAGCUAAGCUAACCAGCUGCUUGUUUUAGUAUCAAACUCUACAGACAGACGAGUGUGAUAUCGAUCUUCUCACCUAACUUCUGGCAAGCGAAUACGCGCAAAUGUCCUAAAAUGUUGAACUUACCUUUUAAAAUUGCUUUCAUUAGGAGUGCCUAGCAUUUUGAGCAUGGCAUUAAAAUUCCUUUACUGUAGGUUGGAUCAACUUUUAACCAGGCUGACACAUAAAAGAUACUCCAUCUUCAACAACUGAGUCAAAUAUUGAGGUAAAAACAGAGCUUGUGAGAUUUACACAUAAAAUAAUCUGACCUCUUAUUCGGACAAACUCCUGCUCGAGAGCUGCGAAUGCUCAGAGAAACCUCCCCAUAUUUUGUGUGACAUGUGCCUUCAAUUGUGGCUAGUAUCACAACCUAGACAUGUAAAUCAGGGAUGAUGAGACGUUCAUAAAGGACCAGAUGUGUAAAGGUGGCUACUUCCUGUCGUGACGUCAUUGAUCACCCCCCCCGGGUUGUCGCUGGAGUAUUUUCUGAGCUUCCUGUUAACUGUUGGGGUGAUUUCGUCACACCAGGAAACCGCCUGCUUUGACCACCUGAUCCUGUUCAAACACUGAAGGUGUUGUACCCUUGUACAGUCGACAAACGUGAACCUGUAGCUUAUGACCUGGUUCAAUUGAUCUGUGAUGUUGAUUCAGUUACUUUCGUAGAGCAGUGCAGCUCAUGACCUUCUGUGGCGGCUUUGGUUCUGAAGUCAGCCAUUUCUCCUCACAGACCCUCUUUUUAAAAUGUUAAACCGGUGACACUUUAUUCCCUCUCUGUCUUUCCUUCCUGGAGAGUAACUGAAGUAAAGAAAAGAACUGAAAAGAUUUCAGAGGUUGAGCCAGGUCUUAUCUUUACCAGAGAUCUGUGUACCUUUCUAGUCUUGCGAUGCAUGUACAUCUUUAUUAUGGAUUUUGGAGACUAGGUUCAAAGACAUGUUUUUAAAAAAAAAAAGAAAAAAAGACAUACAUACGUUUAGUUUUUUGAAUCCGUGUUAUUUUGUCUGAUUUCUCCCUGACCUGAGAUCAGCUGGAGUAGCCAGUGAUGAGUUACAUUUUCUGACAACCAUCAAUGACACAUGGGGAACUUUUACCUUUUAGAAAAUGUCACACAAAACGGUUAUGUAACAUGAGUAAUGAUUCAUGAAAUGAGCUUUUUUUUUAGGAGUUCAUUUCUCUUUUUCUAAAGUAUUAUUGGUGUCUCACUAAUCUGUUAGGGCCUUUGCUUUCACUUGCCGUUCACAAUGCAGCCAUGUUGCAUUUUGUUCCCAGUAAGCAUUCUCUGCAGUGAAAGUGAAAGUAACCUCUAUAUUGUCAAUAGAGCAUCAACAGUAUGGAGUUGCUUUGUAUUGUAAAAAAACACAACAACAAAAACGUGAUGGAAAAAAGAAGGGAGGGUGGCAUACUGUAUAUAAUGAUGUCAUUAUUUGUCUGAGAAAAGAUUUGUACUAUUGUUUCAAAUGUGCACUUAUCCUGAUAUUUUCUUUUUUUGCUGUUUAAUAUCAGUUAAAUGCUAGAGCUCUUGAUAAUAAACUUAAUGAUGUGUGAAAAAAUAGUAUCCUCUGUAGCAGGGUCGAGCCACACACAGCUGUCAUUGAUAAUGAAAUGUUCAUAGCGCUGCAGAACUUGAAAACUAGCGUUACGUUACCAAAAGAGGGUGACUUAGUUGGUUAUCUGACACAGAAAAAUCCACCCUAAAACUAAAUUCAUGAAUGAAAACCAACACAGGAACGACUAAAUGUCCAUUUUGAGAACCAGCUCUUUACAGUGUGAAGUUCAGUCAGUGCUGUUGUAUGUGAGACAGGCUUGGUUGGCAUGGUGACAGUAUUUUUAGUGGAUGUUUGGGUUCAACAACAGUGGAAUAGUAUCCAAUAUGUGUAUUAAAGCUUAAAGUGAUACUCUAAUAUAGAGCAGUGGCUAUAAUGGAUUAAAAUAAUAUGUCCACAGACGUUUCUCAACCUGCUCUUGCAGCAUAAUCGGCGUCAGUUGGUCGAAACUUGAAGAGAUCUUUUUUGGACCGUACAAACAGAACUUGCGCCUUCAGCCAUGUUUUAGUGAAAAUAGGAUUAUCCGGAGAUGUGGAUUAUGCUGCAGGAGUGGUUGGAGACAUUUCCAUGGACAUUUGGAUACUUCUUUUCCUUCUGUGAAACGUACAGAAUCCAUCUGACUGACUGACUUAAAGACCACAUUGAAAUGGGUUCAGUGUUUGGUGUGAAACAUUUUGGGUCGACAAAUGUGACCUUGGAAAAAAAUUAAUUUGACUUCAAAAUUGCUUUUUCAAGGGCCUUCAGCUACAUCUCACGGUCUUCCUCUGCAGAUGACAUUUUCUCAUACAACCACCUGUUAUCACAUGACCAAAGUUCUGUUCUUAGGUCACGUUAAAGAGAAUCAUGAGAUGUAUUUAAAAGCGCAGAAAGACGCUAACAAGUGGAGUGUCAUUUUAAGAUAACCCCCCCCAAAUUAUUAUUAGUAGUUACGGUUUGAAAGAAUAAAUAGACAUUUUUGGGAAUACGAUAUUAGCUUAGCAUAAAGACUGGAAGCUUAGGGAAACAGCUAGCCUGGCUCUCUCGCAAUUCAAAAAUACAUACCAUCACCACUUAAAGCAGCUACAAGGAACUUUGAUUUUGUGUUGAUUCCGGCGGCCCCUGUGGACAAAAGUGGUAGUGUUUCCACACUCCCUUGUUUCAUUGAUUUCAAGGGGAAUCCGACCGAAUGCGAGCCGGUGGCAGGUUUAAAGAAUAACUAUAUAGAAAUAGCUUGUAUUCUCGCUGGUCGUCUUUUUUGUUUGUGCAGGUCAAAUGGUAGCAUCGGUAUUUGGCUGUUUGAUAACCAGUUUAAAACAUUUUCACCAACACUUAUUUCAUUUGUUUACUUCACCAACAGAAAUGUAAAACGUUCUGGUAGUUUUACCAUUGUUUUUACAUUUUUGCUUGUGUACUGAUUCAACAAAUCAGAUACAACUUGUUUAUUAGUGACCUUUACAUCUGUAAGGAAGUUAGGCUAGCUUUUUCCACAUGCUUCCAGUCUUUAUGCCAAGCCAAGCUAACCAUCUCCUGGCUCCUGGACAUGAGAGUGGUAUCAAUUUUGUCAUCCGAUUCUAUAUAUACAAUUCUUUCAACCUUGCAAAGAAAGCAGAUAUUGGUCUACCUUCUAGUACGAACCAUACUGAGGUAACCAAUGUGAAUAAUGUUUUAUGGUGGAUUUUUUCAGUCACCAGAGUUAGGAAUAAUGAGUGUUUCAAUUAGAUUCCCUUAACAUUUUAUUAUUCUUUUCUUUUUGACUAGUGGCGUUACAGACCUUGGGACUACAAUGGUCCAACCUUCACAUCAGCUUUGUUGUGUCACGCCAGAGACGAUGAAUUUCUUUGCAUCUGUGGCUGUGCUUCAACCUGCUUGUUGGUGUAUUUUAUUGUGCCUCCAAACACCAGGUUAAGAGUGUAUGUUAGACUUUUUAACAGCUGGAGUCGAACCAACAAAAGCAGUUUAAUGGCUUUUUCAUGCUUUGGUUUGAUUUUUAGGGGCAUUACUAACAAACCGUAAUGCUAGGCCAAGGCUUGUACUAUAUAGUGGAAAGUGUACAAUAAAAAAAAGAUGAGCGGGGACUAUUGCAUGCUGACCAGUUGAGUUCAUUAAAGAAUUGGUGCUAAGGAAGCAUUAUACAGUACAAUUGGGACUUUGGUUAAGAGUCUCCUAUAACUGACCGGUUGUGACAUCAUUAUCCCAUCCUGCUGUUUUCCAGUGGCACACCACGAAAACGAAACGAUGAGUACAGUCGAGAUCAUGGCAGGAAAAGAAAUGUAGCUUUUCAGGUUGGUUGGAAAACAUUGCAAAUGUGGUCAUAAGGAAAGCUGCAGGGAAACAUACAUUCACUAGAAACAGGUUUGUGAACCCUUUGGGAUCCCAAAUCUAAGUUUGAAAAAUGGAACAGCUUCGAUCGCACAUUCAAUUCCCAGGAUCAAGCUGCGUACAUUUGGCUUGAUGCUGGUAGAGUAAGGUGUAAUACCUAAUGGCACCAUGAAGAACACUGAGGACAUCCAAGUUUUGCAGAUGUGCUGUUCUUAUGAUGCUACUGAUUGCACUCUGUUUGUUGUUUUGGCAUGAGACUGUCCUCAAUGCAAUCCUCUCUCUCCAGUACAUUAGAACAGUACUAUAACGUGUAAUUUGGUACUCCAUAAAGUAGACUGGCACUACCAAAACUGUAUAAUCCUUAAAGACAGAUUCUGAAAGAUUAUUGCUUUUUUUUUAAAUAGUGAAUCACUGUUUACUCACAUGAAACUUUUCAUAUUAAAAUGGAUGAUUGGUCCUGUAUAUUCUGUAAACUCAUUUUAUCAACAGAUGCUUUCUCAAAAAUGUAUCUUGUUCCAACUAUAAUGUCUGUUAUCAACUGAUUAUAUGGAGCGAGAUGGAGGGAUUGGACUAGAGAUUUGUUGCUUUUUUGAUUUUGAUUUACAGAAAAUAGGUUUUAGCAGCGAUUCACAUAAUGAGAAGUUUCAUGUUGACAAUGUUAAUGAUAGCUGUAGGAUUAGUUUUCUCUUGAAAUCUUUCUUUGUUGAGAGUGUUUACCAGCAAAUGGCUUUUCUUGAUAUCCAGCUGUCGUGCUGUUCUAAUGUUCUGGUGUAUAGACUGUAUUUUUUACCCAUGAUUCAAUGGGUUGCAGAGGGGGAAUGCUAGCCUUUAUUUCAUCUGCAUUUGGCAUGAAUAACGUUCAUUCUUUGCCAACCCCACGGGAUGCUCAAAUUUGAACGAUGCAUUUGACUGAAUUAAACAAUUCUUACUCUUAAAGCUACAACACUGCGUUGUGUUGUCUUGCAAAUGUGGUCAGGUUACUGAAGUACUGACCCGACCUCGUCCACAAACCUUUGAUUUUGACUUGACAUCGCAGAAGAGACGCUUGCUAAACAAGAACAGAUACUGCAUAUGUCACAUAUACAAUGAUAGUUCACAAAGAAUAAGAAUUUGAAUCGGGGACUCCCAAUUCAGUUCAGAAACUUUCAAUCCUUUUAACUGGAACAGUGUCCCAUAUGACCCUUUUGCAUCCUGCCUUUACUAAUCCUUUAGUCCAGUUGGGGUUGCAGCAUGAUUCAUGUGGAACCAACGCAAGAUAAGAUGACCCAAAAAUGUUCUUGUUGUUGCUCGCCGGUCUGCAGCAGAUUUCAGCGGUCAUUUAUUUGCAGAAUGUAUAUAUCAUCAACAAAUACUAACUAGACUCUACUGUGGGGGCUGUUCGGCAGUAGAGUGCCAGAAAGUGAAGACACGCAGAGAAUCUGUAAUCUGUAUACUUAAACCAGGGUAGUCAAAAAAGCUGUAAACCUUGUGUGCACUUUUGGGCAUUUUUUGUUUCCUUUUGUACAUACUAUUAGCAUUUAAGAUGUUUGGGUUGACAUGUCUGGUUAUAGUGCAAUAUAUUUUGUAUGCAAGCAGUUUCAAUAAAUAAAGGUCGAUCUUCCUCCGUGA